AGGGGAGAGGAUAGCCUGGUGCUGGAGAUUUGCGAAUCAUCUAUGCUUAGAGGGAAAUGAACAGAAAUAACUCAGGAAGAGAGAACGUGUGGACUGAGGAGAGAGGAGGCCCAGGAACACAGCUACUCAAGGUGGCAACUCUACUUUCUGGCGGACACUACCACCAGAAUUCUGGAGUCUGGCAGAGCCUGUCUUGAAAGCAGCCUGUGGGAUUCAGUUGCUGAGUGCUCUCGGCAAAGUCAGGUACCCUCCCUGCGAUCAGCUGUCACACCUGGCAAUGACGUACAUCUCAGAGGGAUGCUGUGUGAGGACCUGAGAUGCGCGCCAGUUCUGUGUGUUUAUUCUCAGCACUCUACAAGGCUAGAAAAGGAAGAGAAACCUGUCCUGAAUUCCUGCAGGACAGGAAAAGGAGGCAAAAUCUCAACAUGGAAAAACUCUGCAAUGGAAAUGAAGGAAUACCUGAGAAGCAAGGAGAGAUGGAAUACAAAGAACAGCCACAGGAUGUGGGAAAGCCAGAAGAAACUUGUACUCUGAAAGACAAGGAAAAGUUAGAAAAUGAGGGGAAAACAAAUCACAAGGGAAAGACAGAAAAUGAAAUUCUAAAGGACAACAAAAAGCCAGGGAGUGUGGCAAAGGCAAAAGAAGGAAAGCCAGUGAGCGAGGGAAAAUCAGUCAGUGAGAGAAAGCCAGAGAGCCAAGGAAAGCCAAAAGAAGGAAAACCUGUGAGUGAGGGGAAGCCAGGGAACAAAGGACAGCCAAAAGAAGGAGAAGCAGGGAGCAAGGGAGAGCCAAAAGAGGAAAAAUCAGAGAAUGAGGGAAGGCCAGAGAGCCAGGAAAAGCCAAAAGAAGAAGAAAAAACAACCAGUGAACCAAAGACUACAGGAAAGCGCCCAGCUGGGGAUGAUGUACCCAAGAAGGCCAAAAGAAAAACCAAAAAGGGAUUGGCUCAGUGCCUCAAAGAAUAUAAAGAGGCCAUACAUGAUAUGCAUUUGAGCAAUGAGGAGAUGAUAAGAGAAUUUGAUGAGAUGGCCAGGGUGGAGGAUGAGGUAAAGAAAACCAAGCAGAAAUUGGGGGGGUUUAUGUGGAUGCAAAAAAGUUUACAGGACCCCUUCCACCCAAGGGGCCCAAGGGAACUCAGAGGUGGUUGCAGGGCCCCACAAAGGGGCUUUGAAGACAUUCCUUUUGUGUAGUGCCCCUGGCAGGCAUUUGUCAGGCCAUGUGCUUUAACCUUAUGCUAAUAAUUUGCUUUAGCUGUGGCUUUUGUUAUCCGCAGCCUUCUGACCCAACUAGAGCACUCUAUCAGUAGGGGAUUUUCACCCAUGCAUUGCAAAGACAUUAUAAUUCUUGGGAAAAUAAAGCAGCUUAUCAUAUCCUCUACAGAAUUGGUCCACUUUUGUAAAAAACAUAAGUUUAUGUAGUAUAUCUGUGCACAGGAAAAAUAGAAAAUUUGUUCACCAAAAGGUUAAUAGUUCUCUGAAUUAGUAUACUGUGGAGAACUUGAUUUCUUUGUUUUCUUUCUACCUGUAUGUUUAUUUUUUUCCUAAAGAACACAGAUUGCUUUUCUCAUAAGGAAAUGCUAAAAUAUAAAAAAGGAAAACAAUAUUGAAAAAGAAAUAUGAACAUCCAUUCAGUGAAUUUAUGAGGGCUAGUGGAAACACUUAAAAUUUUUGUCAGAACUUAAUAUGUGAAACUCAUAUUCCCUCUAGGACUCAUAUUUAGAAGAAUUAACCUGGCAGUUAUAACAGACCCAUUGUUGUAAAACACAGUCUUCUCUUUCUGAAAUGGGUAUAAUACUAGCCUCACAAUAUUCCUGAGUAGAACAGAUGAAGCAGUGCGUAUGUGAGCUGUGUUGGUCUGGUUUCUACAUUUUCCCCUAUGUUAGCAGGACCAAGACCCUCAUCAGACACUUAGAAGGGGGAUGAGGUACAGCUCACCAAUAACCAGGAAUUAGUCCAGGAAGUCAAAAGAUGGGUGCCACCCUAUCCGGGGUACUGCUGUGUCUGCUGCACAGUGUGCCUCUUCUCAUGGGUUGGGCACACUCUUGAGGUUCUCGCUGUUGCUGACAGGCUGGUGUCCUCAAGGUGACAAUGUCCAGUCGAUUUCCCUGGAGUCCCCAGUAAGCCCAAAACCUGCCUCACACCAUAUCACCUAUAGAAGUGAGGAUAAAGCUAGAAUUAUGUUUACACAAGUGGGUAACAUCCCAGUGAUACUUUGACACUUAAUGGAUAUCAGAUUUUUUUUUUAGCAAACCAAUCCUUUCUGUGUUUGUUGUGUUGUAAAUAUGUUUUUGUAUACGGCUGUCUCUCUACCGGAUUCAAAUAUGGGAAGUUGAAAUAAAAUCUGAGUUCCACACA